GUUUCCGUUUGACAUCACUUCCUGUGGUGUUCUCCUGCGGUUUGUCCCAGAAACACCAAUUGCAAACCGCAUUACGAGUAGCCCCGCUCUCAUUGGCUGGCAACUUUCCGCCCUUCAGCCCGCAAGCGAGUUCUUAUCGUCGGUAGCUCUCGGUCAAGCUCUGUCGUCUUCAGUUCUUCCUCGUUUCUUCUUUCUCCUCUCCUCGAACAUCUCGACAACUCCACUCACAAUGUUGGCAACACGCCAAUUCUUGGGUGUCGCUCAGCGACGAGCUGCCUUUGCUCAGAAUGGCCUUCGAAGAAUGGCUACCGUCAGCGAUGCACCCCUCGACCGCAAGGUCCGUCAAAAUAACCAAGAAUCGAACAACUUCAUCAAUUACAAGAAGAUGUCCGAAAACCUCGCAAUUGUUCGAUCGAGAUUGAACCGACCCCUUACCUAUGCCGAAAAGAUCCUCUACUCCCAUCUUGACGACCCUCACGGACAAGAAAUCGAGCGUGGCGUUUCAUACUUGAAGCUGCGUCCUGAUCGUGUAGCUUGCCAGGAUGCUACGGCACAGAUGGCCAUCCUGCAAUUCAUGUCUGCAGGUAUGCCAUCUGUUGCUAACCCAACUACUGUGCAUUGCGACCAUCUUAUCGAAGCACAAGUUGGUGGUCCUAAGGAUCUUGCCCGCGCUCAAGACAUCAACAAGGAAGUUUAUGAUUUCCUUUCCACAUCUUGCGCCAAGUACAACAUUGGUUUUUGGAGACCUGGAUCUGGUAUCAUUCAUCAAAUUCUUCUCGAAAACUAUGCUUUCCCUGGUGGUCUUCUUAUUGGUACCGACUCUCACACUCCUAAUGCUGGUGGUCUUGGAAUGGCAGCUAUUGGAGUCGGAGGAGCUGAUGCUGUCGAUGUCAUGGCUGGCCUUCCUUGGGAGUUGAAGGCUCCAAAAUAUAUUGGUGUCAAGCUCACUGGUGAACUUUCUGGCUGGACCUCACCAAAAGAUAUUAUUCUUAAGGUUGCCGGUAUCUUAACUGUUAAGGGAGGUACUGGAGCUAUUGUUGAGUACUUCGGUCCUGGCUGCGACUCAGUGUCUGCAACAGGAAUGGGUACCAUCUGCAACAUGGGAGCUGAAAUAGGCGCAACCACCUCAUUGUUUCCCUUUAAUGACCGCAUGUACGAUUAUCUCGCAGCUACCAAACGCUCUGAGAUUGGUGACUUCGCCAGAGCUUACGCCAAGGAGUUGACAACCGAUCCCAAUGCUGAAUAUGACCAAGUCAUCGAGAUCAACUUGUCUGAGCUUGAACCUCAUAUCAAUGGACCUUUCACCCCUGAUCUUGCUACCCCAAUUUCCAAGUUCAGCGAGGCCGUCAAAGCCAACAAUUGGCCCGAGGAGCUUAAAGUCGGCCUGAUUGGUUCUUGCACCAACUCCUCUUACGAAGACAUGAGUCGCGGUGCCUCUAUUGCCCGUGAUGCUCUCGACCAUGGGCUCAAGGCCAAAUCACUCUUCACAGUCACUCCAGGAUCGGAGCAAAUUCGUGCCACCAUUGAACGUGAUGGCCAGCUCGAAACCUUUGAGGAAUUUGGGGGCAUGGUUCUUGCCAAUGCUUGCGGACCUUGCAUUGGUCAAUGGGACCGUAAGGAUGUGAAGAAGGGUGAAGCCAACUCCAUUUUGUCUUCCUACAAUCGCAAUUUCACUGGACGAAAUGAUGCCAACCCAGCUACCCACUCAUUUGUCACCUCACCCGAUCUCGUUGUCGCCAUGACAAUUGCUGGCUCUCUCCACUUCAACCCUCUCACCGACAAGUUGAAGGACAAGGAUGGCAACGAAUUCCUCCUCGCCCCACCGACUGGUGCAGGCCUCCCAUCAAGAGGAUAUGACCCAGGACAGGACACCUACCAAGCUCCUCCCGCCACUCGUGAUGCUGUCUCAGUGGCGGUUUCGCCAACAUCGGACAGACUGCAACUUCUUGAGCCCUUCUCUGCUUGGGAUGGUAAGGAUGCUCUCGAUAUCCCCAUUCUCAUCAAGGCCCAAGGAAAGACUACCACCGAUCACAUCUCUAUGGCCGGACCAUGGCUCAAGUACAGAGGUCACUUGGACAACAUCUCCAAUAACAUGUUGAUUGGUGCCAUCAACUCGAUGAACGGUGAGGCAAACAAGGUCAAGAACUUCACCACUGGUGAAUUCGAUGCUGUCCCAGCUACUGCCAGAGACUACAAGGCGAAGGGAAUUCCAUGGGUUGUUAUUGGUGACUGGAACUAUGGAGAGGGAAGUUCAAGAGAACAUGCUGCUCUUGAGCCCAGACAUUUGGGAGGUCUUGCCAUCAUCACUCGAAGUUUCGCCCGUAUCCACGAGACCAACUUGAAGAAGCAGGGUAUGCUCCCAUUGACCUUUGACGACCCAGCGGAUUACGACAAGAUUCAACCAGAGGACAAAGUUGAUUUGAUGUGCACGGAAUUGGCGGUAGGAAAGCCAAUGACUUUGAAGGUACACCCCAAGAACGGAGAUGCUCCAUUUGAUAUCAAGCUCAACCACACAUUCAACGAGCCACAAAUAGAGUGGUUCAAGAAUGGUUCAGCACUCAACACAAUGGCCAAGGCUCACGCGUAAGGCGGUGGUGGACGGUGUAUGGUUUCCCUAGGUAGUUUGUACUCUUAUGAACAAUAGCUC